GGAGGGAGAGGAAGGAGGGGGGGAAGGGCGUGUGGUAGUUGGAUGGGCGAGAUGUGCGCAACCAAGAUUCAGUGGAAGGUAAACUUCCAGGUGACGGGCGGAUGGUGUUGACGCAAUGGGCGCACACGCACUACGGACCUACGUAGUUGGCACACGGGUGGUCUCCCUGAGGAACAGCGCUAGGAGGCCGAGUCGUGGAGGGGAACCCACUGUACUCCACUGCGAGGCUAGUACGAAAGCCCCUAGAGGCACUCUGCUAGGCGAGGUAUGGCAGGGCGCUGCUGCGUUGGGGAUAUGUUAGGUUUGGGCCGAGACAAAGGCAGCUUCGAGGAGGGCACCUUGUCGGCUGGUGUGCUUCGCGCAAUACUCCGUAGCUCAGCUGGCGAUGGGAGCAAUGGGCAUCGUCUCCACCGCGGGCUGGGGCCGGGGUCGUGCGGACGACGGGCAACGGAGAUGGACGGCGGGAUGACGCCAGUGCCACAGGAUGGACGGCAGGAGGCGGCAGCAGUUCGAGGGAAGAUCCAGCGGGGAGCAGAGCUGAACCAAGGGACCGUCCGCGAAAUGUCAGAUGGCGGAACGAGGAAAGAAACAGGCCAGCAACGAUGGCGAAAAAAGGAUGAUGCAGCUCUGCCAGCAAUAUUGCACAUGAAAACCAGAAAGUUCAUCCAGUCGGCCGUCCAUCACCCAUCGGUUCUACAACCACCCGGUGCCAUGGCCGCCAAGCGUCCCAGCACUUACACCCGAAUGGCUGAUCACCACCCAAGUCCGACAGGACGCACGCAUCGUGGGGGACUCCAACCGCAAGACACAAGUCCCGCCACGUACCCUUCCCCAUCCCCAGGCCGCGAACUUGCAGCUGGUUGCAGCCCAGUUUUCCCCACCACAUCCAUUCCCACCGAUGACGUCGACGGACGCCACUACUACGUCCCGCUCCAAGGUUCCAACAACUCGGCGCUUCUCGCACCCGUGCUGCUGGUGAUGCCUUCAUCUGUCGCUGCGAGCGCGACCUUCGUCAUCCCGCGACAGCUCUGCUCCGCCACGAUCCUCACCGGGGUCCGGCAGUCCCCUUCGUCAUUCACCUCGAUCGCCAUGUCCAUUUUAGUGCGUGCAGCUCAAAGCACCAUCUGCUCAUCUAAGGAGCCCGAUCCGGCUGGGAGUGCUCCGAGUCGCGGAACUUGA